GAGUUCUCCAUCAAGCAGCAUGAACAAGAGGGAGAAGAAAAUGACCAGUUCUCUUCAGCCUUCUGGGGAGAAAGGUGUCAGGAAAGGAGGGGAGCCCCGUGGACAAACUAUCCAGACUCCAGCACGAGGUGUUCACGCUCACUGAGGAGCUCAAGUCACAAAAGGAGCUGGUGCUUCACAAGGCCCUGGAGGCAGCACAGCAGGAGAAGAGGACCAGCAAACAGUUCCUGGCAGCAGCAGGGGAGCAGGAGCGGCUGGAACUGGUGCGGCACAAAGAGAGGUGUAUCGCGGACCUGGACGGCCGCCUGGAGGCCCUGCUCAAAGACAAGGAGGAGCUGGAGCAGCGGCUGGCCAUGCAGGACUGCCAAGUGAAUGAGCUGCAGCAGCACGUGCAGCUCAUGAUGGAGAAGAACAACACCAAGCAGGAAGUCAUCCUCAAGCUCUCCGAGCAGGUGGCCGUCUGCAUGGCUGAUCCCCAGCGUACCGUAGCCAACUCCAUGGGCACAGAGACCUCCUGCAGGCUGCAGGAGAAGAUUGAGCACCUCAAGGACGAUAUAGAGGCGCACAAGAUGCUAAACAAGUUCCUCAACUCUGAAAUCUACCAGCUUACUAAGCUGUGGAGGAACAGUUCAGAAGAGGAGAAGGGCCUCCUGAUGAAGGUAUGUGCUUUACAGCUUGCUGUGUGACAGAUCUGUACCCAUUUAACCAUUGUGAAAAAACAUAUAUGUUCAAAAAAUAUAUUAUCCUUACCUACAAGUCUUUAAUGCAGUAUCGUCACUGUG